UUUCCAACUGCAAAUAACCAAAACCCAAACGCAGCAACAUGUUCAAAUACAUCACUUUCGCCGCUCUCUUCGCCAUCGCCACCGCUGCUCCCGGUUUCAUUGCACAACCCGUUGUGGCCAAAGUCGGUGCCGUAGUGCACAGCGUUCCAUCGGCCGUCUCUCACCAGAGCAUCACUCAAGUGCACAACAACGCCCACAUUGUCACACCUGUGGUUAAGGCUGUGGCUCCGGUGGUCCAUGCCGCCCCUAUUGUUCCCGUUGUGAAGACCUAUUCAACCCCAGUCGUACAUGCUGCGCCAGUAGUUCCAGUAGUUAAGACUGUUGCUCCUGUUGUUCCAGUUGUGAAGACGUAUUCCGCCCCAGUUGUUCAUCAUGUUCCAGUUGUGAAGUCUGUGGUUGCUCCAGUCGUCCCAGUAGUCCAUGCUGCUCCAGUUUUCAAAUCUGUUGUUUCUGCUCCUGUUGCUCACUUCAUUCAUCAUUAG